AUGGCGCCAAAGCAGUACAAGACGCCGCCUCAGGCUCCACCGCUAUUCACAGCAACGAAGGAGAGCCUGCUUGAGGAUGCGAAGAAGCUCUGUGAGGGGACGAGGGGUCUGUUGGAUAAGCUGGCAAAAGACACCAAGCCCACCGAAGCCACCUUCACCAACGUCGUGCUGCCCAUCGCGCAAGACGAAGACAACGCCGCGCUCUCAUCGCGGAUCAUCGGCUUCUACCAAGCGGUGUCGACGGAUAGCGAACUGCGGGAUGCGAGCUCCAAGGCAGAGGAGAUGAUAGACGAGUUUAACAUCGAGGCGAGCAUGAGGGAGGAUAUUUUCAACCUCGUGGAUGCGGCGUGGAAGCGAGAGGCGGAGAAGAAGGAGUUGGAUGGGGAGAGCAAGAGGCUGUUGGAGAAGGAGUGGAAGAGUUAUCUUCGGAAUGGGCUGGGCAUUGAGAAGGGGCCGAAGAGGGAUCGGUUUAAGGAGAUUAAGAAGCGGUUGAGUCAGAUCCAAAUCGAGUUCCAGAAGAAUCUGAAUGAAGAGGACAAUAGUAUCUGGUUCACGAGAAAGGAAUUGGAGGGUGUUCCUGCGGAUGUUUUGGAGACUUUUGAGAAGGGUAAUGGAGAUAAUGAAGGCAAGUUGCGGUUUACGUUCAAGUACCCGGAUUUGUUCCCUACAUUGAAAUUUGCACUUGAUUCGGAGACGAGACAGAAGGUGUUCAUUGAGAACGAGAACAAGUGCAACUCAAACGUCCCUCUCUUCAAGGAAGUUAUCAUCCUCCGUGAUGAAGCUGCCAGACUCCUCGGCUACCCAGACCAUGCCUCGUUCCGCAUCGAAGACAAGAUGGCCAAGACCCCCAAAACUGUCAAUGACUUCCUUGGUGAUUUGAGGGUUCAGCUUGCUCCUGGUGGAAAGAAGGAGGUCGACCAUUUGAUGGAGAUCAAGAAGGAAGAUUUGAAGUCCCGAGGUCUGGAGACUGAGGAUGAUGGAAAUUAUUACCUCUGGGACUCGCGAUUUUACAAUCGCAUGAUGGUGGAGAAGGAGUUCUCGAUUGAUGAGCAGAAGGUUGCUGAGUAUUUCCCUCUGCAAUCUACGAUUGAGAGCAUGCUGCAUAUUUUUGAAGAGCUCUUCGGAUUUGUAUUCGUUGAGAUCGAGGGUGAAGAUCGCACAAAGCUUUCAACAACUGGAAAGGGAGAAGAUAUUUCUUGGCAUGAGGAUGUCAAGAUCUUCAGUGUAUGGGAUGAUGAAGGCGAAGGUGGCGGAUUUGUGGGCUAUCUUUACCUGGAUCUUCAUCCACGUCCUGGAAAAUAUGGUCAUGCGGCCAACUUCUCUCUCCAACCCGGAUAUAUCUUGCCUAACGGCACCCGUCGAUACCCUGCCACUGCACUUGUCUGCAACUUCUCAAAGCCAACUGAAACCAAACCAUCACUUCUCAAACACGACGAAGUUGUUACUCUCUUCCACGAACUCGGUCACGGCAUCCAUGAUCUUGCUGGCCGCACAAAGUAUUCUCGCUUCCAUGGAACAUCCGUUGUCCGCGAUUUCGUCGAAGCACCCAGCCAAAUGCUGGAAAACUGGUGCUGGACCCCCUCACAACUCAAAUCUCUCUCCAGCCACUACCUUUCCGGCGCCAAGAUCCCUGAUGACUUAAUCGAGAAGCAAAUCAGCGUCAAGCACGUCAAUGAUGCCCUCUUCAACCUCCGUCAACUCCACUUUGGAAUCUUCGACAUGACAAUUCACACCCCUAAGACCCACGAGGAAGCCGAAGGCUUCGAGCUAUCCGCGCUGUAUAACGACCUCCGCACCCAGAUCGCCGGUCUCAAGGGACCUAAAUCCCUCGGCAUGAAAUCCGACUGGGGUAACGGCCAAGCAACAUUCGGACAUCUAAUCGGUGGUUAUGAUGCUGGUUACUACGGGUAUCUUAGCAGUCAGGUCUACUCAAUGGAUAUGUUCUACAGUGUGUUCAAGAAGGAUCCAAUGAACAAGGAAGAGGGCCGGAGAUACAGACAUAUGGUGCUUGAGAAGGGUGGAUCUCAGGAAGAGAUGAAGACUCUGGAGGACUUUUUGGGACGGAAGCCAAGUAGUGAUGCGUUUUACCAGGAACUGGGGUUGAAGGGGAUGCAGAGUUAG